AUGACUAUCACCAGGAUGUUAACAGCUCCACAAGUAAGGUGCAUUGAUAAGUCUUCAGUGCACAACAUUUGCUCAGGACAGGUUAUUGUUACUCUUGCAACAGCUGUAAAAGAAUUAGUUGAGAAUUCCAUCGAUGCUGGUGGCAAAUCUAUCAAUGUCACUUUUAGAGAAUAUGGGGCUAAAGCUAUUGAGGUUUCCGAUGAUGGAAAAGGAAUAUCAGAAGAGAAUUUCGCUGGCCUGACACUUAAACAUCAUACCUCUAAGAUCCGUGAUUUCAAGGAUAUAUCUGAUGUCUCAACCUUCGGAUUUCGUGGCGAAGCUUUAAGUUCGUUGUGUGCCCUUGGUAACCUCAGUGUUUUGACUUCAACAGGUGAACUUGGAACUUUCUUGUCGUAUGGGAAGGAUGGAAAUAUCAUAAAAUCAACUCACCAAGCUAGGCCUAAAGGAACAACUGUAACAAUUGAGAACUUGUUUCAUUCACUCCCUGUUCGACAUAAAGAGUUUAUGAAAAACAUUAAGAAAAAUUUUCACAAAGCCAUUGAUGCUCUCCAAGCAUAUGCAAUGGUUUCAUUAAAUGUUAGGAUACAUUGCCUAAAUAUUAUAAACAAACGCAAGCAGGUAAUAUUCUCCACUCAAGGCAAGUCGACUCUCAAAGACAAUGUGAUUGAUGUUCUAGGAUGUUCAAUCUUUAAAAAUCUUGUUGCAAUCGAUUUCAGUGAAUGUAUAUUCCAUGUUCAUGGAUAUGUAUCUAAACCUUUGCCCAAACAUGGGCGUGGAAGUGCUGAUAAGCAGUACUUUUUUAUUAAUGGAAGACCUUGUGAUCAUGAAAAACUCUCAAAGACAAUUAACUCUACAUUCAAGCAGCAUCAAAAAUUUCAGUAUCCAAUUUGUAUACUUGUGAUUGAUAUAACUGGAGAUAACAUUGAUGUGAAUGUCACUCCUGACAAACGAAAGUUAUUUGUUGACAAUGAAAAUCAACUGAUUGACAACCUGUCAAAGUAUUUUGAGAAUCUGUUUCAGAAAUAUGCUGGAGUAUUUCUUGAACAGACUUCCAAGCUUCAGUUAACAUUACCUGUUAUCGAAUUGAGUCAUAAGGAAGACUUGAUUCCCAGCCUACAAGAAAAAACAGGUCCCCUUUAUGAUGAAGGCAUACAUUUCUCCAACAAUAGACCAUUUGCUAGUCAACUCAAUUUGACUAAUGUUGAUACUGGUCACUCAAAAGCAAUUGUUCCUAACCCCAGCAUCGAUUGUUUUAAAACUAGUAAAGAGACCAAUUCUUCAUGUAUCAUGUAUCCAAGUAGACUUACGAAUGGAAAUGGGCUCCAAAAUUGUGUAGAAGGUCAGAAUGAUGAUGGAUUCAAAAUGGAGAUAUUUGAGCCUGUCACUGAGACAGAAAAUGAAAGUCUUGCUUUUUCUGUUGUCUCACCUGAAAAUUGCCUGUCUGGUGGAUUUGUGAUGGAUAUUAUAGAAGCUAAUCCGGUUAAUGGGAUUGCUAAAAAUCAUCUACCCAAACAAUUUAGUACAGCAAAAUCCUCUUAUGAUAAUGUCAGCUCUCCAAAAAAGACUCCGGUUGACAGAUAUGAUGAACCUAAUGUUUCUCGGAAAAGGAAGAAGGUAACAAUUAAAUGUAACUCCAGUUUGAUUUUGAAACAAAGUUCACAGUUUCAACAUGCUAAGAAAACUAGUCACGUAAAUUUAGUUCACUUUAAUCAUCAAAUAGAAUCAAACAAAGAUGCUGAAAAAGAGCUUGAUCAGCAGAUUACUAAAGCAAUGUUCCGUAAAAUGGAGGUACUUGGACAGUUUAAUCUGGGAUUCAUUUUAGUAAAAUUGAAUGGAAAUCUUUUUAUUAUAGAUCAGCAUGCCAGUGAUGAAAAGUUUAGAUACGAAACGCUCAGGAGGGAAACCAAAAUUGAUAAUCAAAAGCUUAUUUGCCCCAAAUCGAUGGCACUAAAUGGAGCACAGGAGGAUCUUUUGUUAUCCUAUGAGCACAUUUUUGACAAAAAUGGAUUUACAUUUUCUGUUGAUGAAACUAAAGAACCAGGCAAGAGAGUUUGUUUAACUGGUGUGCCACGCAGCAAAUACCUUCUGUUUGAAGAAGAGGAUGUUCAAGAAUUACUAUGGUUAUUAUCUGAAGAAUCAACUCUUAACAUAGAAAAUUUACGACCAUCGAAGGUUCACAGAAUGUUUGCUUCAAGAGCUUGUCGAUCAGCUGUAAUGAUUGGCACAGCAUUAAGCUUUGUACAGAUGAGGGAAAUAGUGGACCACAUGGCCAACAUGGAUCAUCCCUGGAACUGUCCGCAUGGUCGACCUACCAUGAGACAUGUUGUUGAUCUUUUAAGAAUUUCGUAGUGUUAAUCUGUUAACUGCUGAUUGAUAUUAUGUAGGUAUUUAAUUUUCAUAGUUGAAUUAACUUGAAAUAUCCUAUUUGAGAGAAAUCAGAUUGUGUUUUCUUAACCAUUUAACUAUGCUUUCAGAAGAUCUCCUAAUAAAAUUGAGAAUUUACGUUGCAUUUCUUUAGAUGAAUUAAAGAUUUGAUAGCUUAUUUAUUCUGUGUAAAUAUGAUAUUAUUACAGCAAUUGUUUUAAAUCAGUUUCUAUGUUAUUAUUGUGAGCAUUUUACUCUUGUCUUAAGAUGUUAUGUAAUUAUCAUGUCAAUUCAUAGAAUUGUCAAUAUUACUACAACUGAUUU